AUUACUCUCAGCAAUGGGAGGGUUACCAUUUAAGCACCUCUUUUAUGGGAGCUUUGUUGAGUGUAGGGGGGCAUUCCAGAAAGGGUUAAUAAUCCUCCUUCUGAUUCCAUGUUCUUUGACUGUGGAUUAUAGGGCAGGGCCACUUAUACCAAAUGAGACUUUAAUUUGGGUCUGGAAUGUUCCAACUGAACCUUGUAUUGGAAACUUUAGUCACUCAAUAGAUCUGAGUUUCUUCCCUUUAAUUGGAAGUCCCCGAAAAACUUCCACAGGGCAGCCUGUUACGCUAUUUUAUGUUGAUCGACUAGGCCUCUAUCCUCACAUAGAUGCAAAACAAGUAGAUCAUCAUGGAGGAAUUCCUCAGUUAGGGAAUUUGCAAGAUCAUCUGGCCAAAGCUAGGACUGACAUUGAGCAUUACAUUCCAGUAGACAAACUAGGCUUAGCUGUCAUUGACUGGGAAGAAUGGAGGCCCACCUGGUUGAGAAACUGGAGACCCAAGGAUAACUACAGGAAUAAGUCUAUUGACUUGGUCCAGGCAAAUAAUGCAGGAAUUAGUAUGGCAGACGCCACCAAGAAAGCCAAAGAGGAAUUUGAGGCUGCAGGAAGAAAGUUCAUGGAAGAGACUUUAAAACUGGGGAAAUCAGUUCGACCAAAACACUUAUGGGGCUAUUAUCUGUUUCCUGAUUGUUAUAACAAUAAAUUUCAAGACCCAAAGUAUGAUGGCAAAUGCCCUGCUGUGGAAAAGCAAAGAAAUGAUGCUCUUAACUGGAUGUGGAAAGAAAGCACGGGGCUUUACCCGUCUGUCUAUUUGAAGAAAGACUUGAGAUCGAAUCGACAAGCUGCACUCUAUGUCCGAUACCGAGUAGUGGAAUCCAUCAGAGUGUCCAAAGUUCCGAGUGAAAAAAAUCCUGUCCCGAUUUUUGUCUAUAUUCGUGUUGUUUUUACUGAUAACACUUCUGAAUACCUUCAGGAGGUGGACCUUGUCAAUACAAUUGGUGAAAUUGUUGCUCUGGGUCCGGCAGGGAUUAUAAUAUGGGAUUCAAUUACUUUAGCACAACGUGCGCCAGGUUGCCCGAUCCUACAUAAAUACUUGAAGACAACCCUGAAUCCAUACAUAAUCAAUGUCACCCUAGCAGCCAAAAUGUGCAGCCAAACACUUUGUGAGGAGAAAGGCGUAUGUUCAAAGAAAAAUGAAAGUUCAGAUGUUUAUCUUCACUUGAACCCAAGUCAUUUUUAUAUCGAAUUAAUGAAAAAUGGAAAGUAUGAAGUCCAUGGCCGCCCCAGUGUUGGAGACCUGAGGUUUUUUCACGAACAUUUUCAAUGCAGCUGUUUUGCUAACAUGACGUGUGAGGAGAGAUCUGAUAUAGAAUACGUAGGAAAUGUUAAUGUGUGCACGGGUAACGAUGUUUGUAUAAAGGCCGAAGUAGACCCCAACCUAGCAUCCUACCUCCUACCUGGCAAAAGCCUCCUCUUUCUGAUAGCACUCACACAAAUACUGGAUCAUAUGCCAGAAGAUAUAUUUUUGUUUUUCUGGAGAAAAUGCUAGUUGGUGCUCCUUAAUUCUCUCUACCCACAGCCUUCAAUUUUUUUUUUAAACAGGCCUCAGUGACUUGAAAAUGUAAAAUGGGAUUCUAUUUUGCAAUCAUAAUUCUAUUUUAAUAAACAAGAUUCUAUUUUUGAGUUUCAAAGGCAAAGUAUC